AUGUCGGAAGCAUCAGCGGAAGGGGCGGGGGAAGCGGCGGGGGAAGCCGCCGCUAGUGAGGCAUCGGCGGAAGCGGUGGGGGAGGAAGUCGCAGCGGAUGCUGUAGCGCACGCAGGGUACCAUGGCGCCCGGCGCGGCCGCAUUAGACGCCGUGAUUCGCGCAUCAAGUCAGCCACGGAAGUCAGGGGAGCCGCUUCCGCUCCCGCCGCAGCGGCUGCUAACGCUGAGGCGGCCGCGCGUGGGGAAGGGAAUCCCGUGGUGGGGAUUGCGGGGCAAAAUGCUGGCGCGUCCGCGGAAGGCGGGGCGGAAUUUGUGAUGGGAGAAGGCGCAGCGGGGGAAGGAGCGGGCGAAGCGGGGGGGUUGGCGGAAGAGACGUCCAUCGUCCCCGCAGGUCCGCGCCCCGAGCAUUACCCGAAAGUGCUCGCGAUUCCGCUCACACGAAGGCCACUGUUCCCAGGCUUCUACGUCCCCGUUAUAGUCAAGAACCCCAAGCUGGUGGCGGCGCUGCAGGAGCUCAAGGCGCAAGGCACGCCCUACGUGGGCGCAUUCCUUGUCCGGGACGACCACGCUGCCCCUGCUUCUUCUUCUGCCGCUCAUCCUUCACCUAGUGCAGCCGGAACAGCAGGAGCAGAGGGAGCAGAUGGGGCAAAAGGAGCAGCCACAAGCAGUAGCAGUGACAGGCGAGAGUUGGGCCCAGAGAGGAGUGAUGGCGUUGGCGUUGCUGAAGAGUGGGGCAGGGAGGUAGCUAGUGGAGGGGGAGAAGGGGUGGGGGGAGGGAAGCCGCAUGGGGAGGCGGAUGGAGCAGGUGCAGGGGUGGGAGAGGGGCCCGGGGAGGGGGAAGGUGUUGCGGGUGGGGGUGGAGGGGAGGCGUUUAUUAAGGGAGGGGAGCUUUAUAGCAAGCUGCACGAGACAGGGACGUUCGCUCAGGUGAUGCAGGUGAUCAAGCCACUGGACGGCGACUCAGCGCAGGUGCUGCUGAUGGGGCACCGGCGACUGAGGCUGACAGGCAUGGUGGGGGAGGACCCGCUCACUGUCACCGUGGACCAUAUCAAGGAUCUCCCCUACGACAGCAACAGCGUGAUGAUAAAAGCCACGGUGAUGGAGGUGGUGAGCACGCUCAAGGACCUCGUGAGGCACAACCCGCUGUACAAGGAGCACAUUGCAAUGUUCGUGCAGCACGUGGGCGAGUUCAACGCCUCCCGCAUGGCGGAUUUCGGGGCUGCUUUGACAGCUGCGGAUGAGCCGACCUUGCAAUCCGUUCUGGAAGAGCUCGAUGUGGGAAAGCGCCUCUCCCUUGCGCUCAUGCUGCUCAAGAAGGAAUUAGAGCUCGCCAAGCUGCAGGCCAACAUAGCCAAAGGCGUGGAGGAGAAAUUGGCAGGGGAGAGCCGCAGAUACAUGCUCAUGGAACAGCUCAAGGCCAUCAAGAAGGAGCUGGGGCUGGAGAAGGAUGACAAGACUGCACUCAUUGGACGCUUCAAGGAGAAGCUUCAGCCGUUUCAGCAGAACUGCCCGCCAGCAGCCAUGCAGGUGAUAGAGGAUGAGAUGGCGAAGCUGCAGGGGCUGGAAGCAAGUUCCUCUGAGUUCAACGUUACGCGCAACUACCUCGACUGGCUCACGUCCAUUCCCUGGGGGCACUACAGCGAGGAGAAUCUGGACGUGGUGCGGGCGCAGCAGGUGCUGGAUGCAGAUCACUACGGGCUGACGGAUGUGAAAGAACGCAUUUUGGAGUUCAUUGCUGUUGGCAGGCUGAAAGGCAGCACGCACGGCAAGAUCAUCUGCCUGGUGGGGCCGCCAGGAGUGGGAAAGACGUCCAUUGGUCGCUCCAUCGCCAACGCCCUGGAUCGCAAGUUCUACCGCUUCUCUGUGGGAGGGCUGUCUGACGUGGCAGAGAUCAAGGGUCACCGCCGCACGUAUGUGGGCGCCAUGCCCGGCAAGAUGGUGCAAUGCCUCAAGUCCACAGGCGUUGCCAACCCUCUCGUGCUCAUUGACGAGAUCGACAAGCUGGGUAGGGGCCAUGCAGGGGACCCAGCAGGAGCGCUGCUGGAGAUGCUGGAUGCGGAGCAGAACGCGUCGUUCCUGGACCACUACCUGGACGUGCCUCUGGACCUCUCCAAGGUGCUCUUUGUGUGCACAGCCAACAUGCUUGAGACCAUUCCUGCGCCCCUCUUGGAUCGCAUGGAGGUGAUUCGCCUGGUGGGGUACAUUUCCGACGAGAAGACCCACAUCGCUCGAGGGUACCUGGAGCCUGCUGCUCGCACUGGGUGCGGUGUGAAGCCAGAACAGGUGCUGGUCACGGAUACUGCGCUGCACUCACUGAUUGAGACGUAUUGCAGGGAGGCGGGUGUCAGGAACCUGCAGAAGCACAUUGAGAGGAUCUACCGCAAGGUGGCAUUGAAGAUAGUGCGUAGGGAGGGGGAGAGGGAGGAGCGAAAGAAGGUAGCUGCGGCAGCAGCAGCAGGACUAGUGGAGGAUGGGGAAGAGGAAAAGGAUUCUCUUUCCAGCAGUGCUAGUGGCAGCAGGAGCAGCAGUGAUUUCAGCAGCAGUAUUUCCAGCACUAGUGAUUCUAGCAGCAGCAGCAGCAGCAGCAGCAGGAAGGACAGUAUGGAGAUAGCGGAGAAGAUUAUGGAGGGUACAGAGGGCGCUCUGGACCUUGUCACUCGGCUGUCGGAGGAUGGGGGGGAGAGGCUGGAGGAGAGGAGGGACGAAGGGGAACGGAGGGGUGAGGGAGAGAGGCGGGGAGAGGAGAAGGAAAGGCCAGGGGCCAUUGAUGGGGGCGGGGAGGAGGGUAAGGAGGGCAAGGAGAGGGAGAAUGAGGCUGGGAAGGAGGCUGCAAGUGUGGCUAAGGAGGGUGGGAAGGAGGAGAGGGAGAGGAUAGUGGUGGACGAGGGUACGUUGGUGGAGUAUGUGGGGCAGCCGGUGUUUCAGAGCGAGCGUAUGUAUGAUGAGACGCCCGUGGGUGUGGUCAUGGGGCUGGCGUGGACUGCCAUGGGGGGUUCAACGCUCUACGUUGAAGCCACAGUGAUUGAGCAGGCAGCGGAAAGAGGCAGUCUGGAGCUGACGGGCCAGCUGGGAGACGUGAUGAGGGAGAGCGCCACCAUAGCCCAUACAGUCGCGCGGCAAAUCCUCACGCGGGCCGACCCCGGCAGCGAAUUCUUCAGAAAGACGCGCAUGCACAUGCACGUGCCGGCCGGGGCCACUCCCAAGGACGGCCCGAGUGCCGGCUGCACCAUGAUCACUGCCAUGCUGUCUCUGGCACUGGGGAGACACGUGAGAGCGGACCUUGCUAUGACGGGAGAGGUUACCUUGACUGGACGGGUGCUGCCGAUUGGAGGGGUUAAGGAGAAGACCAUAGCCGCUCGCCGCAAUGGUGUGAAGCUGCUUGUGUUCCCCAAGGCCAACCGCAAGGACUAUGAGGAGCUGUCAGAGCAUGUGAGGGAGGGGCUGGAUGCCUGGUUCGUGGAGCACUACGAUGAGAUCUUUGAGCUCGCGUUUGGACGGCGGGUGGAGGAAAUGGGUGCUGCAGAGGUGGUGGCUGAUGCCGUGGCUGUUGAACCGCAGAGGGAGAAGGCUGGUGCUAUCAUUGCAUCUUGA